AUGGCGACCUGCGGGCGUGGCUGCAUCCCUGCAGUGCGUUUCUGCCAGAGGCUGAACCGACUGAAGACCCUGGAUGAUGACUUGAUGGUGACGUCAAUGAAGCGUUGCCUGACCAUGGUGGACCUGGCCCUGCUGGGUGUUGGGGGCAUGGUGGGCUCUGGCCUCUACGUCCUGACUGGCACUGUUGCCAAGGACACCGCUGGACCUGCCGUGGUCCUCUCCUUCCUCAUAGCAGGCAUCGCCUCCCUGAUGGCUGCCCUCUGCUAUGCAGAGUUCGGAGCUCGUGUUCCCAGAACGGGCUCGGCCUACAUGUUCACCUAUGUUUCUUGUGGAGAGAUCUGGGCCUUUCUCAUUGGCUGGAACGUAGUGUUGGAGUACAUGAUUGGUGGAGCCGCGGUGGCGCGGGCGUGGAGUGGUUACUUGGACUCCAUGUUUAACCACACCAUCCAGAACUACACAGAGAACCACAUAAUGAAGUGGAAUGUUCCCUAUAUCGCCCACUACCCUGACCUGCUGGCUGCUGGGAUUCUAGUUGUUGCCACCAUCUUCAUAACCUUCGGAGUGCGAGUCUCCUCUUGGCUCAACCACAUCUUCUCAGCCGUUAGUCUGGUUGUCAUACUCUUCAUCUUGGUGUUUGGCUUCGUGCUAGCCGACCCAGUCAACUGGAGCCAGAAGGAAGGAGGUUUUGCACCGUUCGGUGUCAAUGGGGUGAUGGCGGGCACAGCCACCUGCUUUUACGCAUUUGUUGGCUUUGAUGUGAUUGCAGCCUCCAGUGAGGAGGCAAAGAACCCCCAGCGAGCCAUUCCCAUGGCCACAGCCAUUUCCCUGGGCAUGGCCGCCACAGCCUAUAUCCUGGUCUCCACAGUCCUCACUCUCAUGGUGCCUUGGCACUCGCUCGACCCAAACUCAGCCCUGUCUGACGCCUUCUUCCGCCGAGGCUACAGCUGGGCUGGCUACAUUGUGGCAGUAGGGUCCAUCUGUGCCAUGAACACAGUGCUACUCAGCAACCUCUUCUCUCUCCCUCGGAUUGUUUAUGCUAUGGCGGAAGAUGGCCUCUUCUUCUCCUUCUUCGCCAAGGUCAACCCUGUCACCAAGGUCCCUGUUAAUGCCAUCUUGGUGUUUGGCCUCCUCAUGGCCGUCAUGGCCCUCAUCUUUGACCUGGAGGCCCUGGUCCAGUUCCUGUCCAUCGGCACCCUCCUGGCCUACACCUUUGUGGCAGCCAGUGUCAUCGUGCUGCGCUUCCAGCCUGAGAAGGAGAGGACCAGUUCCAAGGCUAACUCCACCAUGUCCCCCAACUCUAACCCUGAGCCCUCGCCCGAAGUCUCAGAGUCUCAGAUCAUAGCUCAGGACAGUGGGGAGCUGAAGGAGUAUGAGUCCUUCUCAGACAAGCUGCAGCUGGUGGAGAUGCAGAAUACCAGGGAACGGAGUGCCCCAGGGGUGUUGAAGGCCCGCUGGGAGCCCUACCUGGGCAGGUUGCUGGGGGACUUUGAGCCAGGGGAAGUGGUGGCCUUUUCUGUGCUGGCGGUGAUGGUGAGCUCAGUGUCCCUCUGUGCCGUGUUUGUGUUUGGGAGUAACCAGCUUCAGCUGCCUACGUGGAGCUUCGCCCUGCUAAUAGUGGUGUUUGGCUCAACCUUCCUCCUCAGCCUGGUCGUCAUAUAUGCCCAUGAACCUCAUGUCAACACCAAAACCUUCCAGGUACCCUUGGUCCCAUUCAUUCCUGCUGCAAGCAUCCUCAUGAAUGUGUUCCUAAUGCUGAAGCUCAGCCCCAUGACCUGGAUCCGCUUUACUGUAUGGGUGGCUGCAGGUCUGCUCGUGUAUUUUGGCUAUGGGAUCUGGCACAGUAAGGAGGGCCUGAGGGAGCUGCAGCCCAAGGAUAUGGCAGCCAGGUACGUGGUGCUCCCCAGUGGCAGCCUGGUAGAGACAGUCCAGUCUGUGCAGCCGAAUGGACAGCGUGACGCCAGCACCCUCCACACCACUCCCUCCCCGUCUGCUGAGGAGCAGCAGGCAAAGAGAUGA